CAGAAGGCGACAUCGCGCGAUGGUAUAAAAUACGCGGGAAACACGUGCAUUUCGUGGUAGAGGCGUUUGUUCAUAAUAUCUUUCGACAGGGACAUUUUUAAACUGAACAACUUAAAAUAAAUUUUGUAAACUUAUUUGUUGAGCAACUUAAAAACAAUUAUUGAAAAGUUAUUUUUUUUUGUUUUAUAGUUGGAAAGAAAAGUUAGCAAAUUAGGAGACAAGUACUGAGAUUUUUCCCAACUUAGGAUUACAGAGAAAAUAAACAAACUGAUGAUUAGCUAGUGAAGAUCGGCAUUGACGGGAAAAAGAAAUUUAUCGACUUAUAUCAUGUUUUUAUCAACUUUCCUGAAGACGCCGGUCAUGAUGAUAAUCUUCUGCGUCAUCACAUCGCUGUUGGCGGCGGGAAGUCAGGAGUCAGCCGUAGCCCCCACGGCAGUUGUUGGAAACUCAACAGAACACACAGCAAAAGCUGGACAAAAUGAAGAGGCUCAUAUUCAACAUACGUUACUCUCCCCCUCCUCGGUGCCUAAACCAGGCUACAAGCCGCUAACACCGGACACCUCACACCACCAAGAACUCACCGAAAAACAGCAAACAACAGCCAAACCAGACCACCAAAAGAGGAUCAUGAGCCGGUCCGUCCGCGGGCAAAAAGAUUUCCUAGGCGGGUACGAUUCUGAUCUGGGGCGGGCAAUAUACGAAUCGCCCGACCGCGGGAAGCAAGGACGACUUCACGGUCUGAGUGACGAAAAUAAGGGCAGUAAACCAGAUGGUCAAAGUAAAAGUAGUUCCCCGGGAAUACCCGUUUCUAAUUCGGGAGCCAGCCAGCAUGAGAACAUUAACCACGCUACAGAUUCGGCCCGAGUGGGCGGACGUAUUUCACUAGAGUUCAAAGAGAACAUCGCUCAAAAAAAUAACAGAGUCGGAAAAGAACUGAAGUCAAAUGGACAACGUACACUACACAAUUUUAACUUCAACUCAAUUUCUCCGUAUCGAAACUUCGCAGCGAAUGGCAUGUAUCAUCCAGCAUCUAGCAGACUUAACCGAAGAGUUAAAAGACAGUACAAUUCACUACAUAAAAGAUCGUUCGAUUCAAUUGACGAGAACGAAAUGACAGGGCUAAGACAGAACUUCCUCAACAAGCGAUUUUUUGACACACGGGGAUAUUUCAGAUUGUCAAGAGAUCACCACCACGAAGGCGACACGCCUUUUGAUUCUAUCGGGGAAAACGUGCUGUCGAAUUUUAAACAGAAUUUUCUAAACAAAAGGGCGUUUGAUAGAAUAGGCAGUAACAGUUUAGCAGGAUUAAAACAAAACUUUCUUAAAAAACGAGCAUUUGAUUCCAUUGGUGAAAAUGGUUUGUCCGGUUUUCAACAAAACUAUUUAGACAAAAGAUCGUUUGAUUCAAUAGGCGAAAAUGGAUUGUCAGGGUUUCAACAAAACUAUCUAGAUAAACGAUCAUUUGAUUCCAUUGGUGAAAACGGUUUGUCCGGAUUUCAACAAAACUAUCUAGACAAAAAAUCAUUUGAUUCUAUAGGCGAAAAUGGAUUGUCAGGGUUUCAGCAAAACUACCUAGACAAAAGAAAGUUUGAUUCUAUAGGUGAAAACAGUUUAUCCGGGUUAAAGCAAAACUAUUUGGACAAAAGAUCCUUUGAUUCUAUAGGCGAAAAUGGAUUGUCCGGGAUUAAGCAAAACUAUCUAGACAAAAGAUCAUUUGAUUCUAUAGGCGAAAAUGGUUUGUCCGGGUUUCAACAAAACUAUCUUGACAAAAAAUCAUUUGAUACUAUAGGCGAAAAUGGAUUAUCCGGGUUUAAGCAAAACUAUCUAGACAAAAAAUCAUUUGAUACUAUAGGCGAAAAUGGAUUGUCCGGGUUUAAGCAAAACUAUCUAGACAAAAGAUCAUUUGAUUCUAUCGGUGAAAAUGGUUUGUCCGGGUUUCAACAAAACUAUCUAGACAAAAGAUCAUUUGAUUCUAUCGGUGAAAAUGGUUUGUCCGGGUUUCAACAAAACUAUCUAGACAAAAGAUCAUUUGAUUCUAUAGGCGAAAAUGGAUUAUCCGGGUUUAAACAAAAUUAUCUCGACAAAAGAUCGUUUGAUUCUAUAGGCGAAAAUGGAUUGUCCGGGUUUAAGCAAAACUAUCUAAACAAAAGAUCGUUUGAUUCUAUAGGCGAAAAUGGAUUGUCCGGGUUUAAGCAAAACUAUCUAAACAAAAGAUCGUUUGAUUCUAUAGGCGAAAAUGGAUUGUCCGGGUUUAAGCAAAACUAUUUGGACAAAAGAUCAUUUGAUUCUAUAGGCGAAAAUAGAUUGUCCGGGCUUAAGCAAAAUUAUCUAGACAAAAGAUCGUUUGAUUCUAUAGGCGAAAUGGGAUUGUCCGGAUUUAGGCAAAACUACCUAGACAAAAAAUAUUUUUACCCUGAUGACGAAAAUGAUUUCAAUGAAAACUACUUGGGGAAAAGAUCUUUUGAUUCCAUUGGUCAUAACACCUUGUCAGGCUUUCGCCAAAAUCACUUGAGCAAACGCCCAUUUGACAGCAUAUCCACCAACGGAAUGUCUGGUUUGAAUCAAAACUUUCUGGACAAGCGAUCCUUCGAUUCAGUUAACUUCAACGCGCUGGGUGGAUUACAUCAAAAUUUCUUGGACAAGCGCCCCUUUGAUUCAGUAGCCCUGAACGAAUUAUCCGGCCUGCGGCAACAGUUUUUGGACAAAAGGGCUUUUGAUUCCAUCGGGCUAAAUGGUUUGUCUGACUUUCACCAAAAUCAUUUAGACAAACGCCCAUUCGAUUCAAUGGCAUUGAAUAGGAUGUCAGGGCUACAUCAAAAUUUCCUCGACAAGAAAGCGUCGAAACAAAGAAACGCACUUAAAUCCACCACCAAAUUCCCAUUUCAUUUUCCGGAUAAACGAAAAAUUGACCCGAUCGAGGACAUUGCGUUUUCUGGUUUCAACCAGAAUCACUUAAACAAACGAAACCUUGGGUACAACUUAAAUAAACGAUACAUUAGCUUUGGAGAUGGUUUUGACGAUGAAUACAACUACAACGCAAUCCAGUCAGAAAAGAGACACAUCGACUCCAUCGCGGAUAACUCUUUAACCGGACUCAGGCAAAACUACCUGGACAGAAAUUUAUACGACAUGGAUGAUAUUGAGAAACGACAGUUCGACCCCAUCGCAGAGGGUCCCAUGCGAGGAAUUCGCCAGAACCACUUGGACAAGAAAAGUGAUGAUUUUCUAGACAGCGACGACAUGGAGGGAUUCGACAAACGUUACGACCCCAUCAGCUCCAAAUCUAGUUUUGGGGGAAUGUACCAAAACUUCCUAGACGACAAGUUUCACCGUCGGGAUGCCAAAUCAUCAUCGGGUAGAUUAAUGCACUACAUAGAUAAAAGAAGCCCGGAAAAUUCGGGCGUUUACAACAACCUCAGCGGCACAGCGCUCGAAAGCAAAAACGAAAGUGGGGGAAAAUCUGGAUUUUCUACGGUAAAAAAAAGAGCUGAUCCUAUAACGGGGCUUCAUUCCGUAUCGGGAAUACAUCAGAACGUUUUUGGUCAAGCCUCAGCCCAGCAAAGACGCGUGGAUAAUUUUCCUUUCUCGGAACGAGAUUUAGCUGACAGGGAUCUGGUGGAGUCUGAAUCAAUAAAGUUGGAUGAGGAUGAUCUGCCCGGGGUGGGUUUGUUGGGAAAGCCGCAUGGCACAUCAGAUAACGCGGGGGAGUUAUUAAAAGCUAAACCAGCCCACCCGGGUGAUCGCAAUGACUACGACGAUGCCACACUUGCCAAAGUUAACCCCACGCUGUAUGACAAUGAAGGGAAAAGCAAACAAGGAACCGAAAAAGACCGAAAGGACAACGACGAGGAUGCAAGCCAAGAAGACAGCCAGUUUGAAAUGGAAAUGGACGAGCUAUCUCAUUUAGCAAAGAGAGCGGCGGUGAAGCACUAACCAUACUGUUAUAAGAAUUAUGUUUUAUUAAAUCAUCGCUUGUUUUGUUAUAUCGAGGUAAUUACGCUAACCUUUACUCAAACUCCUACUGAGUUUAUCUGACAAAACUGCUUAAUAUUCAGUUUACAAUUUCAUUGAAAUGAUUUUAUACAUGUAGACCAAAACAGUCUUUUUAUUAUUACUAGACGAAAUGUCACUGCUUUACUUCCCCUUCUUAUAUUGACUACAUUAGAAUGUAAGAAAAAAAUACACAAAUAAAAUAAAAACACGCAGUUUGUAGCGAUGUCGAUUGAUAACAGUUGUAAAAUUACCAUCCUUAGUUUUAUGAAGCUCAUUUUGUUAAAAUGUUCAAAAUAUUUCAAAUAAACACGAAUGAAUUAUGAGCUAAUGUUUUGUUAUGCUACUUUACUGGAGAUCUUUUCAU